AUGGAUUACGAUGGAGAGGCUAGUCAGUUUCCAGAUGUCUCACGUUUUAGUUUCAAUCCAAACGGAGUCCUGCAUCCUAAACCAGUUUACUCACAAUGCUCAUUUACAGGAGUGAAGAAGAAAAGCUUUUCGCUGCAUGGUUCUAAGAAUAAGGGAUUGAGAAAUCUGAGUUAUAAGGUGAAAAAGAUAAUUGAAUCAGAGUCACAGACGACUUAUAGGUUCGUGGCUGAUAAAUUGGUGUCAGAGGACAGCGAGUAAAAGAAGGAGGAAUAGAAUGUGAAGCGUCGAGUCUAUGAUGCACUCAAUGUCUUGAUCGCGGCUGGGGUUAUUAUAAAGAAGAAGAAGUUCUUGUUUGCAACGCCAGAGACUUUCAAGAGUGGGAAGUACUUAAUGAUCUUAAUAGGGUGCCAUAACAAAGACAAAUGGCAGAAGAUUAAGGAAGAUCAGUAGUUGAGAACCAAGAAGCAUCAAGUCUUGAGUCAUAAGAAGCAAUACUUGAUUGAUCUAGUGAAGAAGAUGCUCUGCAUUCGCCAUCUGAUAACUAAGAACAAUAAUAACAAAAGUCUUCCCAAUAGUUAGAAUGCUGCUGAAGCAUUCUUGAAAGACGAAAAGGUGGAACCCUCUCAAGUACCUUGUAGUUAAUAGAGUAUCUAAAGUGGAAUCUUACUCUACUCCUACGUUCAACCACAAACAGUAUUUCAAUUCCCUAUUUUUGCUUUCUGGAGUAAACCAGAGGAUCUACGAAUAGUGAUCAAAUCACAAAAGGAAGUGUCUUUGACCUCUAAAAGGUUCUGCUCUUUUAUGUCUGAAGUAGAACUGAUCCAGAAUGUUCACCAAUCAGCUUUAUUGUCCAAAGUCUUUGAUAAUAAGUCUUUUGUUAGUUUCUAUUUGAACUUAACCAAAAAUUGA